AUGGCAGUUCGAUCGGCUGAAAAACGCAACCCCUCACAAAGAUCAGGGUUUUCGAUUCAUAAGCUUUACAAGAACCCUAAAGUUAGUGGAUUUCUUAAAGGAGAGCGAGAUUACAGCAACUUGAAAGGGGAUACAGGGCCUUUAGUCUACCCAGCUGGGUUUCUUUAUAUUUACUCUGCCAUGCAGUUUGUUACUGGAGGUCAAGUCUUCCCUGCGCAG